AUGUCAAAUCUUGUAUUUAUUUUUGAUAUAAUUUUUUCAUGUAUUAUAACACUAAUAUUUCUUUACCGUUGUGGUAAUUACCGUCGACAACAUCUAGUAACAACUGUUGCUGUAUUCAUCGCUUGGUUUUUUUCGAUUUUAAUUGUUUUCAUUCUUCCGUUGGAUAUUUCACUUGCCACUUAUCGAGAUUGUUUGUCUCAUGCACCAGCAACAGUUAAACCAAUAAUUAACAGUUCAAUAGAAAAUAACUCGUCAAGUGAUGUGUGCCCACAACCAUGGUCUUAUGUUAAUCCAAAGUCAUAUACAAUUCUAUGGCGUCUUGUUUAUUGGACAUCACAAGUUCUUACUUGGGUUAUUUUACCAUUAAUGCAAUCAUUUUGUGAGACAGGAGAAUUUUCUAUUAAAGGAAAAAUUCGAUAUGCAAUCAAAGCAAAUUUAAUUUUCUAUGGAACACUUUUGCUGAUAUUUGUUAUUCUUGUUAUUUAUGUAGCAACUAAAGUUAAAUUGAAUUCAUCAAAUUUUACGGCAACCAUAGUAGCAGCAAGUACAACUUGGGGUCUUUUUCUUCUGGUUUUAAUGCUUGGCUAUGGCCUUGUUCAAGUUCCAUUAAAUAUAUAUAAUCAUUCUCGAACAGCAUAUAUGCUUGCACACACGCAAUUCAAAUUAGCUCAAAUUUUUAAUGAAAAAAUCAAUGUAGAAGAGCGAUUAGAUUCUCUUGUUGAUGACGUGACAAAGUUUUGUAUGGAAAUAAAAACUGAUGGUCCAUUAAGGCGAUAUCUUGAACAAAUAGUUAAAAUUGUCCCAGAGCAAUACAUGAAUCGAAUUAAAUUAACCAUUGAUGACUUUGAUAAUAAUCGAAUAGCGAUAGCAAAUCGCUUUACUGAUUCAGAAACAGAAAUACAGUUAAUUAAAUUACACGAACGUUUAAAGAAAUAUAUUCAUGUCCAUCACCGUGUACAAGUAUUGUGGAGAAGAACGAUUAAUGAAGCUUUUUAUUUAGAAGAUAUUCUUAAUAAUGAAAAACAUAGAAAUCAUGAAUUUAUUAAACAAAAUCCACAUCCACCAUCAUGGUUACGGCAGAAACUAUUUGAUCGGCAUCCUAAAUUAGAAUGGUAUGCAUACUGUCUCAUUCGUCCAUGGGCAUUGCGUCUACUGGGUGUCAUACUCGGUAUUAUAUCAAUAUUGGUUAUAUGGUCGGAAAUGACAUUUUUCAGUACAAAACCAGUUUUAUCCAUCUUUGCUCAGUGUGUAAAUGCUGCUCGUAAUCAUUAUUCCUAUUUUACUAUUGAAGUAUUCUGCUGUUUAAGUAUUGCAUAUUUAUGUUUAUGUGCAUAUUAUACAAUAUUUCGUAUUCGUGUAUUAGAUUAUUUUUAUUUGUCACUUUAUCAUUUAACAGAUGAAAAUAGUUUAAUAUUUGCUGCAACAUUUUUAUGUCGUUUGACAGCUCCGCUGAGUUACAAUUUUCUUGGUAUGAUACAUUUAGAUCAAGCUAUUACAAACAAAACUGAUCGAGAAGAAACAAUAUUUACAUUAACCAUGGGUCAUUUAACUGCAAUACCGAUUGUAUCGAUUGGUUUCAAUUUUUAUUUCCCAAUGUUAAUAUUUUUAUUAAGUAUCGGUACUUAUUUUCGACUGGGUUCGAGAUGUUUACACGUAUGUGGCUUUGAACAAUUUUUUGAUGAUGAUGAUGUCUCAUCUGAAUACGUGGAUGACGGAAAAGAUUUAAUGAACAGAGAACGUCGAAGCUAUGGUGAAGGCGAUGCAUUGUCGAACACAACAACCGCUGCACAACGUCUAGAUAGAAGAAGAGUUUUAGAAGAAAAAUAUGGCAUUAAAUCAGCAUCAGCUAUGGCAACCAAUAAUUAUUAUCGUCCUAAUACUGUGAACUCAGAAACUCGGCCUCUACUAGCAAGUGCUGGCGAAGCUUCGAUGAAUUCUUCACCGAAAAUGACCGUUCGUUCCGUUUCUUCUCAUCAAAUCGGCCCAACUACCAACACAUUCACUGAUAUUUAA